ACCCGGGCAUCAAGCCCAGGACCGCGUCGUCACCGGGCGACUUGUGCGCCGUGUUGUGUUGACCCCGCCGCGCCCCCACCACUUUGCGAAGAUAUCAAGUCGUGCGCUCAUUUGCUGUUCGGGGAAUGAUCGCGAAAUGGUCUGAAAUAAUAACGGCGCGGUUAAGAAACGAUUCGCGAAGGGAGCGAAAUGAAGCGAAAUAACCCGCGGCCCUCGACUGAUUUCGCCGGCUCGGGCUCGGUUCCAGCCGCCUCGCUGCUGUCCGCCAUGGACCGCUCCGCCUCGCCGUGCCAGGACUUCUUCCAGUACGCGUGCGGGUCCUGGAACAAGCGGCACCUCAUCCCUGAGGACAGGUCGUCCAUCAGCACGUUUGAGGUCCUCGCCGAGCAGCUCAACCACAUCCUCAAGGGCAUCCUCGACGAGGACGUCAACGUCAACGACUCCAACGCCACGAAGAAGGCCAAGAUCUUCUACAAGUCGUGCAUGGACCUGAACCAGAUUCGGAAGGUGGGCGACGUGCCCCUGAAGAUGGUGCUGACCUCGCUGGGCGGGUGGCCGGUGACCGUGCCCGGAUGGAAGCCCCCCGAGUACCCGCUGGAGGUGCUCCUGGGCCGCCUCAGAGCUGACGAAGGCAUGCUCUUCCAGCAGUGGGUUGGUCCCGACGACAAGAACUCUUCAGUGAACAUUCCCCAGCUGGACCAGUUGCAGUUGGCACUCCCCUCCAGGGACUACUACCUCAAGACAAGCACCGAGACCGAGAUUAAGGCCUACCACAAGUACGUCACGGAGGUGGCCAUGCUCAUGGGCGCGGACAAGGCCACCGUGGCGCAGGAGAUCACAGAGGUCAUCAACUUCGAGAAGCGCCUGGCCGAGGCCUCGCUCCCAGAGGCGGACCGCCACGACACCUCCCUCAACUACCAGCAGCUGCCGCUGUGGCGCCUCCAAGAGGACGUGCCCGAGCUCGACUGGCACCUGUUCCUCAAGACGGUGCUCAAGACCGUCAUCUCGAGGGAGGAGCCCGUCGUCUGUUACGGCCUGCCGUACUUCAGGUCCAUGGGCAAGAUCCUGGCCGAAACCGACAGGAGAGUGGUGCACAACUACUUGCUCUGGCGCCUCGUCAACGAGUACGCGUCCAAGCGGGUCGAGUUCCGGCGGGUGCUGCACGGCAUACUGUCGGAGCGGCCGCGCUGGGCGCAGUGCGUCGAGCUGACGAACAAGAAGCUGGGCAUGGCCGUGGGCGCGCCCUUCAUCCGGGACAACUUCAACCACGAGAGCAAGGAAACGGCGCUCGAGAUGAUCCACAACAUCUGAGGCGCUUUCAACGAGCUGCUGGCGGAGAACGCCUGGAUGGACGACGAGACCAGGGCCGUGGCCAAGGAGAAGGCGGACGCGAUGAACGAGCAGAUCGGGUACCCUGACAUGCUGACCAACCCGGCCGAGCUCAACCAGGAGUACAUCAUGCUGAACGUGACUCAUGGCCAGUUCCUCGUCAACAUCCUCAAUGUGCUCCACUACGAAGCGUACCACAAC